AUGAAAUACACGGAAAAGGCAAAAGUAAAAAUAUUGCCAAAACCGGCACCAAUUGCUCAUUCACCCCAAACACCAUCUCCGUUGGUGUCGGUAUCGCCCAGGUACGCGACUACUCCAAUCUUACCAGCACCUAAACGUUCAAAAUCUGCUGCUGCUGUCACUUCAUCAAAUGCUACUACUGCCAAUGCAGGUCCAGAGUUAAAGAGACAAAGAAAAGCCAGUAAUAGCGUGUCUCCUCGCGAACGUAAUAAUAACAAAUCAGAGGAUUCACCUAGAGACUCCUCACAUAAACAAUCUAAGCAAACAGGACAUAGACCAGUUACUUCAUGCACAUUUUGCCGUCAACACAAGAUUAAAUGUAACGCACUGGAUAACUACCCACAACCAUGUCAGAGAUGUGAACGAAUGGGAUUGAAAUGUGAGAUAGAUCCUGAAUUUAGGCCUAAAAAAGGAUCUCAAAUACAAUCAUUGAAACUGGAUGUUGAUGAAUUGAAGGCAAAAAUUGAUCUCUUAACUAAGAAUGAGUCUCUUCUAACUCAAGCGUUGAGUCAACAUAAUAUGGGGUUCAUCAAUCAAACAUCUUCACCUCAUGUUCAACCACAACAUCUGCCACAACAACAGACUCAAUUGCAAUCGCAAUCGCAUACUCCUUCACAUCCACAGCCACAAAGAAGUAACCUGUACCCAAAUCCUGUUAUUAGCCCUAUGGUUUUACCAUCUUCAUCAACUUAUGCACAUAGUCCCAAUAUGUCACCUAUUUCAUCGGUUACCAAAAUACAUCAAAGCCCUUCAUUAAUGCAUGAUAACUCAGAUAACUCACCUUCUACAAUGAGUAAUUUUGAAUUGAAGGAAGAAAACUAUCAACCAAUUUCGGAAUUUGUCUUGGGUGAUGUUACUUUGCCUUUGGCCAAAGCCAAUGAAUUACAUCAUCGAUUCAUGACAAAGAACCUAAAAUAUUUCCCAAUUAUUAAUUCACGUUCAGCUACUGAAUUGUAUCAUAAAUCAAAUUUAUUAUUUUGGGUUGUUAUAUUAACUGCAAGUUUAGGUGAACCUGAACCUACUUUAUACAUGUCCUUAGCAUCUUUAAUUAAACAAUUGGCAAUCGAGACAUGUUGGAUCAAAACCCCAAGAUCAACUCACGUCAUUCAAGCAUUGAUUAUUUUAUCUAUAUGGCCGUUACCUAAUGAAAAAGUACUUGAUGAUUGUUCUUAUCGAUUUGUUGGAUUGGCCAAGAACUUGUCAUUACAAUUGGGAUUACAUCGAGGUGGAGAGUUUAUUCAAGAAUUCAGUCGUAAUCAAGUUAGUUUAGGUCCUGAUGCCGAGAAAUGGAGAACUAGGUCAUGGUUGGCAUUAUUUUUUUGUGAACAAUUUUGGUCUUCUUUAUUGGGACUACCACCGAGUAUAAACACUACUGAUUAUUUAUUGGAGAAUGCUAGAGUUGACCAAUCGUUGCCAAAGGAAUUUCGUUGUUUGAUCUCGUUAUCGAUAUUCCAAUGUAAGUUGGUUAAUGUUAUGGGAAUUAGUGUUACUAGACCUGAUGGGUUGUUGGAACCACUGAAUCGUGCUGGGUCAUUGAAUUUAUUGGAUAGGGAGUUGGAGAGGUUGCGAUUCAAGUUACAAAUUGAAGAAGGAUCUCCAAUUGAAGUGUACUAUCUUUACAUAAAAUUGAUGAUUUGUUGUUUUGCAUUCUUGCCGGGUACUCCAAUUGAGGAUCAAGUGAAAUAUGUCAGUUCGGCCUAUUUAUCUGCCACUAGAAUAAUCACCAUUGUAUCCAAAAUGAAUCAAGAAACAAGUUUAAUUGAAUUGCCAAUAUAUAUUCGACAAGCAGUUUCAUAUUCGGUUUUACUUCUUUUCAAAUUACAUUUAUCAAAGUAUUUAUUUGAUAAGUAUGUUGAUUCAGCAAGACAAUCUAUUGUUACUGUUCAUCGAAUGUUCAGAAACACGUUGAGCUCCUGGCAGAAUUUACAAAAUGAUAUGUCAAGAACAGCAAAAGUUUUAGAGAAUUUAAACAUCGUAUUAUACACAUACCCAGAUCUCUUCCUCCAAGGAGACAAGGAUGAAGGAUCAAGUAUUAUAUCACGAAUGAGAUCACAUUUGACAGCUUCGUUGUUUUAUGAUUUAGUUUGGUGUGUUCACGAAGGAAAACGAAGAACUGCAUUGGAUAAAGGUAAACCACCAAGUAGGAAAGUUGAACCUCAUGAUAAGAAAUUACUUCCCUUGCCAUUUUAUAAUCAAAUUACGAAGGACGAUUUCACAACAAUCACUACAACGACUCCUAAUGGUACUACAAUCACAACUUUAGUGCCCACUGAUCAAGCCAUGAAUCAAGCCAAACUGAAUGCCGGAGAUAACAAACCAUUGGAAAUUAAUGGUAUUCCAUUAUCAAUGUUGGAAGCAACUGGAUCAACCAGAGAUAUAAUGAAUGUACAAGAACCAGAAUCACAAAUUAUAAAGAACGAAUCGCCAAUGCCACAACAACAACAGCAUCAACAACAACUGUACCCUCAGCGUUUGCAAUUGCAACAAGCUACACCCAUAUUAGAAUCUAGUGCACCUACUCAACAACAACCGCCACAGCUUCAAUCACAGCAAUUACCUCAACAACCACCAUUCCAAUUCGGUCAAUCACCACCACCACAAAGCUACUUGCCCACAAUCGAGGAAGUAAACGUUAAUGAACAAUAUUCGGUAUUUAACAAUGAGCAACAACAACAUCAACAGAAUCCACCAACACAACCUGGCGAAGGAGGAGCUAAUGUAGCUGGUGCAACCGGUUCAUUUGUGUCCCAAAUUGAUUCUUUCUUCCAACAACAAUCAAAUGGAUGGAUGGAUAAUCAGGAUGAUGAUUUUUUGGGAUGGUUUGAUGUAAACAUGUUGCCUGAUCAGUAA